UUGCAACUUUGGUGAUCCGUUUUCUGUGUAAAAUUGGUUACGAGCAUCAGGGGACUUAUCGUCGUAAUCGGCUGUCGCUGGCGAUACCAGUCAACCGCGAAGAUUACUCGAGAUGCAGCAUGUACGAUGUAAAUUACACGGAAAUUUUGCUAAAUGGAAGCCACGUACCGGACCCAUCGUGGCCAACGAAAGAUUGCCAACAAGGAUGGGAAUUUAAUUAUACCACCGUCCCUUAUGCGUCUGUGGCAUCCGAGGUGACAGAAAAUGUUCGACUUCUGGGAUGGGUUUGUCAGUAUGAUGCAUUGCCAACCAUAGCUCAAAGUAUCUUCUUCAUCGGCGCUAUCUUCGGAGGAUUAAUUUUUGGAUGGGUUGCUGAUCAAUAUGGAAGAAUACCAGCUUUGCUCGGAGCUAAUUUAAUGGGAUUUCUCGCUGGGGUGGCUACUGCGUUCGCGGGUAGCUUCUGGCAGUUCACUUUGUGUCGCUUUUUCGUUGGAUUCUGUAAUAUUGAAAAAUAA